GCAGGGCUGGGCUAAGAUGGCGGCGCCCGUCCUGCUGCGAGUGUCGGUGCCGCGCUGGGAGCGGGUGGCCCGCUACGCCGUGUGCUUAGCGGGCAUCGCGCUCUCUCUCUACGCCUGCCACCUGGAGCGCGAGAAGGGGCGCGAUCUCCACUACCGGGCCCUCUGCGACCUCAGCGAGCGCAUCCGCUGCUCCGCCGCCAUCGCCUCCAGAUGGGGUCGAGGGUUCGGCCUGCUGGGCUCCAUAUUUGGGAAGGACAGUGCAAUAAACCAACCGAACAGUGUUUUCGGACUUGUGUUUUAUAUACUACAGAUGCUACUUGGAACGACGGCCAGUGCGGUGGCGGCGCUAGUCCUCAUGAUGUCUUCCCUAGUGUCUGUAAUAGGAUCCUUGUACCUGGCCUACAUUCUGUACUUUGUGCUGAAGGAAUUCUGCAUUAUCUGUGUUGUCACGUACUUGCUGAACUUCAUUCUCUUUAUCAUCAACUACAAACGACUAGUUUACUUGAACGAGGCCUGGAAACGCCAGCUCCUCCCCAAACAGGAUUAAUUUCCCUGUGAACUUUUGGCUGACAGAAUCUGAAGACCCGACCUCAACUUGAGUUUAUUUCACAGUAAAAGAGAAACUUUUUUUUUUAUUCUCAUUGGAUGCUUUGUCCGAGAAUCAUAACUGGUUUAAUUACAACCGAGGAAGGAGCCCCCUAAAUAACUUCCGUGCUAACCUUCAAGUCGGUAUGGUGAGGAACAGCCGAGGAAGUUCUCAUCUGAUCAAAGAUGAGCUUUAACUCUGCUUUGAUGGCAUUUGUUCGCUGCAGAUUCUUUACUCUGCUCUGUCUUCCCCAUUCCUUCCCCCCCCCCAUAUUUAAAGUCGGAAACACUUGCUAGGAAGUACCGUGCGCGUGCAUAAAUUCAGUUUUGGGGUCUAACGGAAGACGUGAUCAUGAUAACUUUAUUCUAGACUUUAGAGGUACCAUACAGAGAUGUUGCUGUGUUUACAUUGUGUGUGUCUGUCUGUAGUUGAUGGGAUUUGAAAAGCAUACGUGCAGCAGCUAGGACACUCACUGCGAAAUCGUAUGUAAUGCUAGAAAGGCCCGGCCGUACCUUUGCAAAAACAGAAGCUCCAUCACGACUCGGCUGGCUUCAUUUAGAAGCGUAGUGACCUUGAAGAAUCAUUUGUCCUCUUGUUGGGAGAUUUGUUUGAACAAACACCUUAAACAAAAGCAGGAUAAAAGGAGCCCAUCUCUGCGGGAGGCUUACGGUUAGCUGAGAUUCCUUGUUUUUUUGUAUGCGUACACACGCAUGUGCAUCUGUGACGAGACGUAAGUUGACGCUGACGGUUGUAUGUGUUCUACAACCAAUGGAACGGUUUCGGGUUCCCUGCAUAACAUACAAAGUUGUUACGACUGGCAAAAAAAAGAGUCUUCUCUGAGGACACUGUGGAGGGGAUUUGGCCAGAGGUGGCAUGUGGAGUCUGUAGAGGAAGAUGCCCCUUUAUUAAAGGGGAAACGUGUUCCGAGUGGAAUUCAGGGACAGAGCGGGUCAGUCUCUUCGAACCAGUGUCAGGCAGUCAGACAGUAUUACCGGUUCAAUAAGCUGCUGUGUAGAACUACAACUCUUACACUGGAUCCCAGUAACUUACUGGCAAACUGAUGCACUGUUCAGGCAUCACCUGCAGUGAUGUCUUCUCCUGCUAGCCCCUGUCGAAACCAAGAGGGCAGCUGCUGAAGGAAACAAAAUUUCCCUUCGCUUCGAGUGGUUGAUGGAGGGACACAUCCCUACAGGUGAUGCCCAAGGAGACCGAGCGAUUCGGGAUCCUUGAUACAUAGGAGAGGUUAGAGUGGAUGUGUAAUCAGUUCUCCCCACCCCAAAGUGGUGUGUGGUGGGGAGGACCGUGUGUGUGUGUGUGUAUGUUGAAGGUCGUUAAAGGAAACAAGUAGGCAGAUCACUCAGAACCGAGUGGGGCGUUCAGGAUUCAAUCACGGUUCUUGAAGCGAUACGUUCAAGCGAAUUGCAGAUCACUGCGUUGCCGUCCUGUCCCCCUCCCUCCCCGCUCCGGUUUGUGUCACCCCCCGAAACACAAUGUUUAAAAAGUGCCUUCUGUCUUUUAAACACAAAGCAAACAAGAGCAACCAAAUAUCUGUGGGUGUUUGAAAUUGGCAGGCAGAAGUGUUUCUUGCGUGUGCAAAAUGGAAACAAACCUUGGCAGUAUGUAGGGAAGCGAUGUUGUGCCCCUUGCAUGCCGAGGGGCCGCAGUGUUGUGAACGAAUCUCUCACCUAGAGGUCCCUAAUUCUGGGGCAGGCUGAGAGUGCCAGGCCUCUGUAGUCCGCAGGUGCCUGCAGCUGUGUUGAGGCCCAUGACUGACAGGGACGGUAUAGGCACUGUGGGGCUUGCAGCAGGGUUGUGCUCUUGCUGCUGCGGUAAUUCAUAGAAAGAGGCUACCUGUCUCUCCUUAGGGUGCGUUGUGCAGUAUUGUACCUAACUGCCUGAGCUCGGUGGCUUUCUCCAAUGAGUUUUGACACAGGAAUUUGCACAGCCGGUGCCGGAUUUUGCAAACAAGACUUAGCAGAGUGAGACAGUUGUAGAGGACAGUAGCAGCGACUGGCUUUGACCGCAGCUAUGGACACUCAUGCAGAGUUCCCUUCCGGUACACCCCAAUGCUACUGCAUUACUGCUUGUCCUCCUGCCACGCUUUGUGGCUUCUCGCAGCAGUGGAGAGAAGCAAGGAUGUCACUGCAGUUUCUUAUUCCUUCGUGCAGCAGCGGAAAUAACAUAGAUGCCUCUAAAGGGUGAGUGGGUAGUGGUAGCAGCUGUCUGCAGGUGCCCAUAGCAGUUGUCGGAACACAGUGGCUGCUGCAGUCACCCAGAGGCUCCUCGCUACAUGUAGUGUCUGGUUAGGGCUCUCAGGCAAUCCAGUCUGCGGGACUGAUACCUGCAGGGCUGGCCAUUCUGGCCAGGCAGCCCAACCCGUCUGUUGGGGGCACUGAAAAGCAGGGCGGUGCAGCAUACAGUCUGAUAGCUGGGAGCAGGUCUGACCCUUUAGCAAGGACCUUGGAACGCAGCCAUAGAGUCCCAAGGUACGGCAGAACAACCCAGGGCCAGCUCUGACUAUAGUUAAACCGCGCUCUGUUCUCUCACUGUCUCGAUGCCAAAAUGUGAAUCGGGGAAGUUGUCUUAUUGGCAGUGUUGGGUUGUCCUCUUGCCUUUGUUAUCUGUCAGGACGUAGCUUGUCAAAGCCCUCCCGUUAAGAAUUCUGUUCAGCCUGAAAUUUCUUCCUUGUGAGUCUCUGUAUGUAACUCUGAUUUUGAUGUACUGUAAGAAGGCCGGGGGGGGGG